AUGAAAACACUCAUUCUUUUGCUGCUGGUGCUCCUGGACUUGGGGCUGGCUCAACAUCAGCUCCACAGGGUGCCCCUCAGGAGGCAUCAGUCCCUCCGGAAGAAGCUGCGGGCACGGGGCCAGCUCUCUGAGUUCUGGAAAUCCCAGAAUUUGGAUAUGAUCCAGUUCACUGAGUCCUGCACGAUGAACCAGGAUGCCAACGAGCCCCUCAUCAACUACUUGGAUAUGGAAUACUUCGGCACCAUCUCCAUCGGCUCCCCGCCGCAGAAUUUCACCGUCAUCUUUGACACUGGCUCUUCCAACCUCUGGGUCCCCUCCGUGUACUGCACCAGCCCAGCCUGCAAGACACACGCCAGGUUCUACCCUUCCCAGUCCAGCACAUACAGUGUGCUGGGGAGUCAUUUCUCCAUUCAGUAUGGGACUGGGAGCUUGUCUGGAAUCAUCGGAGCUGACCAAGUCUAUGUGGAAGGACUGGUUGUGGCCGGCCAGCAAUUUGGAGAGAGUGUCACGGAGCCGGGCCAGACCUUUGUGAACGCAGAGUUUGAUGGAAUUCUGGGCCUGGGAUACCCCUCCUUGGCUGUGGGAGGGGUGACCCCAGUGUUCGACAACAUGAUGGCGCAGAACCUGGUGGAUAUACCCAUGUUCUCUGUGUACAUGAGCAGUGACCCAGAAGGCGGUGCAGGGAGCGAACUCAUUUUCGGCGGCUAUGACCACUCCCAUUUCUCCGGGAAUCUGAACUGGGUCCCUGUCACCAAGCAAGGCUACUGGCAGAUUGCCCUGGAUGCUAUGAGGUGGAGUGUGCCAACCUCAACGUCAUGCCGGAUGUCACCUUCACCAUCAAUGGCGUCUCCUACACCCUCCAACCAACUGCCUAUACCCUGCUGGACUUUGUGGAUGGAAUGGAGUUCUGCAGCAGUGGCUUUCAAGGGCUUGACAUCCAGCCUCCCGCUGGGCCCCUCUGGAUCCUGGGUGAUGUCUUCAUUAGGCAGUUUUACUCAGUCUUCGAUCGUGGGAAUAACCGUGUUGGGCUGGCCCCGGCAGUCCCCUAAGUCGCGGCCUUGUGUUUGAGCCUGGCUGCAUGACACCCCUUAGAAAUCCAGCUGUGCCCGUUCGGUUGGGGCAUUCUUCACAAUGGUCAAAAAGUCAUUUUCAGGAGGAUACAGUUGUUCUAGAGCUGCAACUUGAAUUGGGUCCAAAUAGAGCAUGAGAACACACACACACACACUGAUACACUUCACACACACCUCACACACACCGCAUACACACCACUUCCACCGCCAUCAUGACGGAAGAAUUAAGUUGUAUGCCCAUACUUUUUAUUGCUUGUUGCUAACAUUUUCUUUCGGAAAUCUCCAGACAUGUACACAAGGAGAGAUUAUAGCACAAUAAAUCCCCAUGCAACACCCUCCCUCCCACCUUUCAUAACUCACAUGCACGUGGCCAGGCCUGUUUUAUCUGCACCCACCCCCCCUCCGCUA